UGAAUGUGGUCAUGGAGGAUGGUCAUGAGAAGCUUGGUGGCACUUUGGUCAUGUAAAACAUGUGAAAUGCAUCAUCACUACCUAUUUGCUGUUUAGAUGUCACUGCUUUAGAACAAGGGUGUCCCGCUUGUAAUAAUAAACUGAGCGACGAGAUUAUGGUUAUGAAGUUUGCAAUAAUCAAUGGACUUCCUUACAAGGCACUCCACAAUGAUGUAUAAUUAUAGGCAAUUAGCUUUUGCAAUGGAAAACACUGGAAAGCGGAGUUUGUCACAUUGUACGGUCUCCUAAAAAGGUCAAUUAUUUUUCAACUUUCAGACUUUGUCAGACACGCCGAGACCUAUGGUGUCCGCGGAUUUGUGCUGGUUACUUUGGUAUAUGUAGCGCGGAUUCUAAGGGCUUAGCUGUUAGCAAAUUGCCCGUGCUAUGGUGGGUGCAUUUUGCCUUUGGAGGAGGCAUCAAAACGCAUUUAUGGAUACCUAAAUCAUUUUGAAACGGCUUUCCCAGCUCAAAAUUUAGUGUGCUUAAAAUAGGCAUUGAAAAAUUAUUUUUGAAACUUAAAUUCUCUGAAUCUUACGCCAUUGCAACAUUUGUGAGCUGUGGGAAGUCUGAGUUGUGCAGCCUCUUCGCCUUGUUCAGAGCUAUUGAAAUGGAAGGGAAUUCUUUAAUUAGCUGUUAAUAGAUCCGGUCAAAUCUGCGUCUACUCCGUCAAUGUUGAAAAUGUUGGUUUGUGCUGCUGACAUCGCAGAGCGGAGGACUGUUCACAAAGGCGCAGCGGAUUACUUCAUCGCUUCAAAUAAUGAUUUACAACCUGGAAAGUCAUUGAAGAAAGCACCUGUAGUAUGGAGGGUACUAUUCCUGAUUUUUGCAACAGUAUGUGGUCUGUACAUGUUCUUUGUAUGUGGUAGACAGAUAAAUAUUCACAUGAGAUCAAGAUAUGUGCUCCUCAGACAACUGCUCGACAAAGGUUCUUGUCAGAAUCCAGUCACCAAAUCAGCAGAAUAUGUGCCUUUACACUAUCCUAUUCCCAAGACAUAUACCAGGUGCAUGGGCCUGAACUGGGAUGAAUGUGCGUGCACAGCUGUACAUUUGUUUGCUAUAUUAUCCAUGCAAAGGUCUGGUAGUGGAUGGUUUGAAACAUUACUCAAUAGCCAUCCCAAUAUCAGUUCACAUGGAGAAAUUUUUUCAGUAAAAGAAAGACGACAGAAUUUCUCCACCAUUUCUCAAACAUUAGAUACUGUUUAUAAUCUUGAUUGGUUCAGCAGUGCUUCCAAGAAUGAAUGCACAGCUGCAGUAGGCCUUAAAUGGAUGCUUAAUCAGGGAGCAAUGGAAUACAACAGAGAAGUGGUAGAAUAUUUUAAGAAAAGGGGCGUCUCUGUCAUAUUGUUGUUUAGGCGUAAUAUUCUACGUCGGUUGAUCUCUGUCUUAGCAAAUGCUUAUGACCGCAGUGCUAAGCAACUGAAUGGGACACACAAAUCCCAUGUGCACUCAAAGCAAGAGGCAGUUCUGCUAGCUGCAUAUAAGCCUCUAAUCAAUGUGACCUUCUUACAAACUAAUCUGCAACGUAUUGAGGAAGUGACAGACGAUGCUGUGAAGUUCUUUAAAAGCACUCGUCAUAUGAUAUUGUAUUAUGAGGACUUGAUAAAAGAUCAAAUGAUGCGGGAGGUGGAGGAGUUUCUCAAAGUGCCCCCACAUAAAUUAGAGAGCCGUCAGGUGAAAAUUCACACGCUACCGCUUUCAGAGCAGAUUGAAAACAGAGAUGAGGUCUACAAAAAACUGAAAGGAACCAAGUAUGAGGUGUUUAUGGAGGAGACAGACUAUGACAUGUGACUUUGUUAUCAUACAGUUCUGUAUACAACUGAAAAAGCGUCUAAUUUGCUUCAGUGUAAAUUGAUCACAUUCUUUUAUUUUUUUCCAAUCAAUACUAUCUGAAAUCAGUCUACUCAGAACAAAGAAGAUUUGUCAGCUGAAAUGCUUGUUCACCAAUGGUAAGUGGAGAGGUCAGCGAUCAUGAACAUAUCUUAUUCCUCUUCUUUCCUCUUGGAAACACAAUGAAACAAAUUACACUUCAUUCAUUGCUCUUUAAAGGGACUAGCAGAGGCCAGAUACAAAAGUGGUCAUCUAUUUUGAAAACAGGCUGUUGUAAUUGAAUGUUACAGUUAGCUGUGUUCCACUUUGUCCUUUCCUAAAUUUUGGUUAAGAUAUCGGCCUAUGAAGAGAAUCAAAAGAGGAGGAUACGGAUAAAGACAUUUGUUAAAUGCAAUUUUUACAUGUUGCUUCUGUAAGUUCAUAUAUAUGUGGCACAAGCUGCUUCGCACCCACUAUUUUGUUUGUGGUCAUUGAGAUAAACUACAUCUUACAAUGGUAUAAAUUAAAAUUUAAUUAUUGCA